AUGGUGGAUAUCGUUGGGCUUGUGACGGAGUUCGGCUAUUGGGACGUGCUGAUCUGGGCACUCUGCAUCUAUGCAAUCUACGUGCUUUUCUUCAAGAAGUCGGAGACUGUACCGCGUGAUAGGGAUGAUGAGCCGAGGCGCGUUCUGCCACCGAUGGAGAAACGAGAUUUCACGCUUGCCGAGCUUCGCCCUUAUGACGGGGUCCAAAACGAACGGAUACUGAUGGCCGUGCAGGGCAAGGUGUUCGAUGUGACGAAAGGAUUUGCAUUUUACGAACCAGAAGGGCCGUACCAUAAAUUGGCUGGGCACGAUGCGACACGUGCAUUGGGAACGAUGGAUGUUGGUGACGUGAAAGAUACGCCGGAUGAUGUGAGUGAUAUGACUGAGGCCGAAAAAGAUGCAGUGAAGGAAUGGGUGCAGUCUUUUUCAUAUAAGUAUCCAGUUGUGGGAAAACUGUUAGUGAACGACGAAGAGCCAACAGAUUAUAAAGGAGAAUUUGCAUCGCUGACUUCUUAG